AUGGAGCUAUUUCAGAAAUACUUCUUACAUAACCAGGCUUGCCAGGUCAUAAUCUGUAAGCAGUGUCAAUAUGCCGUUAGCCCGGCCCAUAUUCAAGGCUAUUUGCAAGAGAAACACAAGAGCACCACUGUUCGGCAACGAGUCGACAUCGCAGCGUUUGUUCAGCGUCUGCCCCAUGUCGCACAGACGCCCGACAAGGUUAAGUAUCCCGAUGCGAGUAGUCCGCCCAUCGCCGGCAUUCCCGUAUAUCCCAAUGGACAUCGAUGCGUGUUCAACGUCGACGGCCGCGAAUGCAAUGUCACAUACCGCGAACGCACGGGCAUUCAGAAGCAUUGCAAGGACCAGCAUAAUUAUCAGAGUACCCGAGCAAAAGGCCGACCGGAUUUCGAUGCCGUCCACCGUCCACCAUGGGAAACGAACCAACCAUGCCAACGUUUGUUCCGUACAGGCAAAUGGCAAAAGGUAUUUCCCGUCCAGGUCGUGCCCCAUGCCGGCCCAGCCGUAGACAUCGAUCAUGCCGCCCAAGGCAAGGCAUGGAUGGCGAAGUUGUUUGCCGAUUUUCAGCAGGCGCAGGAAGACGCCCGCACCGAACGGACGCGGUAUGAGCCUAAUCCAUGGCAUGUUUAG